UUUCUAAGGGAGAUGUUUAUUAUCUAUAUAUUCAGCAAAUAAGAAAGAUUUCACCCAUUGCUCAAUAUCAUCCACCUUUCCCACCAAAGAACCGCCCAAAUUAGCCCAAAAGAGGAAAGAAAAGGCCCGCCCCGAGAAAUAAGGGAUCCAGCGUCCGCUCGGAAAUGCACCAUAACAAGGGGACGAGCGAGAGUUGACAGCGCACAAAGAGGAGGCCAUGAGAGGAUUUUAGCCGCUGAGAUUUGUGGUUUAUGGUCAGCCUGACAUCGAGCGUGGGCGUAGUGACCUCUGGUGUGGGCGUGGUGACCUCUGGAGUGCGGGCGGGCAUCGCUGGGCUCAUGAGUCUAGCAGCACAGGGGGGCGCAGACCCCGUGGCUGCCCCCGGGGGAGUCUUCUCCGUCAACUUCAACCAGGACUUCUCGUCACUUGGAGUUGGAACGAAGACGGGGUAUAAACUUUUUUCCCUAAAUAGUGUGGACAAAGUAGAACAAAUAUGUGAUAAUGUAAAUGAAGACACGUGCAUUGUAGAACGGCUCUUCUCAAGCAGCCUGGUCGCUGUAGUUAGUUUAUCCUCUCCGCGCAAACUAAAAGUAUGCCACUUCAAGAAAAAUUCCGAGAUAUGCAACUACAGUUAUCCCAACACCAUUCUUGCGGUCAAGCUCAACCGGGCACGACUGGUUGUCUGCUUAGAAGAGUCCCUAUAUAUCCACAACAUCCGCGACAUGAAGGUUCUCCACACCAUCCGUGACACCCCGCCGAACCCCAUGGGUCUGUGCGCUCUUUCCAUUAGCAAUGACAACUGUUACUUAGCGUACCCUGGUUCUAACUCCAUUGGCCAGGUCCAGAUCUUCGAUGCUCAAAAUCUGCAAGCAAAAACGAUGAUUCCUGCUCACGAUAGCCCUCUUGCUGCCAUUGCCUUCAAUGCCACUGGUACUAAGGUCGCCACAGCUUCAGAGAAAGGCACAGUGAUACGUGUCUUCAAUGUGUCUGAUGGAGCCCGACUGCACGAACUGCGGCGGGGCAUGAAGCGGUGCGCCACCAUCUUUUCCUUAGCCUUCUCACCUGAUGCACUCUUCCUCAUUGCCUCCUCCAAUACUGAGACAGUCCAUGUCUUCAAACUCGAGGAGGUCAAGGAUACGCAACGUGUAGUGGUAGAGGAGCAGCCCGGACUAAUGGGCUGGAUGAGUAAAGCAGUGAGUGCGUCGGCCAGCUACUUACCAGCCCCAGUGACGGACAUGCUGAGUCAGGGCCGUGCCUUUGCCACCAUCACACUUCCCUUCCAGGGGAUACGGAAUGUUUGUGCCAUAGCAACGAUUCAGAAACACCCUCGAGUAGUUGUAGCAUCAACUGAUGGUUACUUGUACAUUUACAACCUAAAUACUACUGAGGGAGGUGACUGCACAUUAUUGAAACAACACAGGCUUGACGGAAGCGGUGAGGGGAGCAGUCCGGGAAGUGAGGGAGGCCCUGUGUUGGGACCAUACCCUGGAGGCGCCAAGAAGACAGAACCAGUGAGCACGACCGGAGGCAGCUAUGCAGGAGUGGUGAAGGGACCAUCUGCUGGAGUCAUGACAGGUAGUACAUCCGCGGACACUCUUCCCCCUCGCACGCAGGAUUCAGACAAAAUGAGCGAAAUGGCGGCAGCGUGCGAAUCUCCCCCAAAGAGUGUCCUUAAGUUUGAUGAUGAUUCGGAGUUCCCGCCUGUGUAACGGCCUGAAGGAGCUCGGGGUCCAGUGGGAUUUUUCAUUUUUCUAUGAUUCUAGUUUUCUUAUUUCUCUUAAUCUUUUAUUCUUUAUCUCUUUGUCGCCGUUGUCAUCACAUCUCUCUCUCUCUUUCUCUCUCUCUCUCUCUCUCUCUCACAUUUCAUGAAUCUUCCUUGUAUAUUUUCUUUCCUUUUUUUCUUUAUUGUUUUCAUUAUCUUUUUUUUUCCAUCUCUCUAUCUUUUCUCUUUUUCCUGUGGCUUAAUAUAAUGCGUUUGUGGGUGUGACUAUGUAUUUUUUUAAUAAUAUGGAUUGGAUUUGAAUCAAGUGAAUGUCUGACAGAUAAAUGGGCCAAGAGGUAUUUAUGACAUUAUGAUUUUUUUCUUUUUCUUUUUUUCUUUCUUCUCUUUACUUUAUUGUUUUACAAUCAUUAAACUACUAAGUACAUGUGCGUAAUAUUUACAUAUAUAU